GUUUUCUACAUUAGUCAUAGAUUGAAGCUUCCGUUCUCAAGAAGGGAAAAAUGGCUCAGGCUCCGCAGAGUAUACCGGCUUUAUAUGCUGAAUUGAAGAAGUUUGGACAGAAUCAGGAAUUUGAAAGAGCGCUGAAAUUUGCGAACAAGAUUUUACAGGAAGAUGCAGGAGAGAGUGCAGCUUUUCACUGUAAAAUUGUGUGCCUCAGUAAACUGGACAAAUUUGAUGAGGCUUUGACAGCACUUCACAAAGGCAAGGCACAUGCAAGCGGUCUGAAGUUUGAGAAAGCGUACUGCGAGUACCGUCUGAACCGUACAAUGGAGGCCCUUACAACUCUGAGAAGUGUGGAGAAACCAGAUAACAGGACCAACGAACUACUGGCACAAGUGCUUUACAGAAUGGAAAACUAUGAGGAGUGCUACCAACUUUAUAGGAAUCUUAUUCAGAAUUCUGAGGACGAGUAUGACGAGGAAAGGGAGACAAAUUUGUCUGCAGUACUUGCCUCUUGUCAAUUGUGGGAUGAAGUAGACAUGGAUGAUCCAGGCCUUCAGGAAGAAUCCUAUGAAAUGUGUUAUAACAUGGCAUGUUAUCUCAUCGGCCGUAAAGAUUUCAAGGGUGCAGAGAAAAAACUUAGAAAGGCAGAAGUGUACUGCAGGAAAAUGUUUGAGGACGAUACAGAAGUGACAGAGGAAGAAAUAGAGGAUGAACUGGCCAUUAUAAGGGUACAGUUGGCUUUUGUCCUACAGAAACUACAGCGAACAGAGGAAGCUCUCAGUAUCUACAAUCAGGUGAUGAAGCACAAACCUUCUGAUGCAGGGAUUUCAGCUGUUGCUUCAAACAACAUUGUCACUCUUAAUAAGGAUCAAAACGUGUUCGACUCAAAAAAGAAAAUGAAAUCUGCCACAUCUGACAACCUGAAACACAAGCUGACUACCAGACAGAGGCAGAGUAUCAACAUUAACCAAUGUCUGCUUCAUCUACACACAAACCAGGCUGAACAAUGCCACACUCUGGCCGCCAGACUGAAGACCCAGUUCCCCGACCUUUCUACACCUGUCCUGGUGGACGCUGCCCAGUAUGUCAAAGACAAGGACUAUAAACGUGCCAUCCAGCUCAUGCAGGACUACGCAAAGGUUCAUCCCGAACAGUCUGUCAAGAUACACCUGGCUUCUGCUCAGAUCCACUUGGUCCAUGGGGAGGUCUACCAAGCUUGUGAUGACCUCAAGUCCCUCGGUGAUCUACAGUACAGACCGGGAGUGGUAUCUGCGCUUGUAACUCUCUACGUGAGCCAGGAGGAUAAUGACUCUGCAUCAGAUGUUCUGGACCGUACAGUGAAAUGGUACCAGAAACACCAGGCAAACAGUGCGGAUCAUUUACUUAUGACACGGGCAAACGCAAAUUUCCAGCUGAAGAAUGGCAACCCUCAACAGGCUGCUGCGAUGUUGGAGGAUCUGAGGAGGUCUCAGCCGGAUGAUCCACACACUCUUGCUCAACUCAUAUCUGCUUAUUCCCAGUUUGACUCGGAAAAGGCACAAUUUAUUAGCCGAGACCUUCCGUCGGUGAAGACUCUGGCCAAGAAUGUUGAUGUGGAUGCUGUGGAAGCGGCCUUUAGUACAUUAGGACCUAAAUAUAUGAAACGAGCACAAAAGACAGACACCCAGCCAUCACCGGGACCGUCUGGUGACAUGAUCAUCCAGAAAGCAAGAAGGAAGAAGAAAAAGAAGGGGAAACUACCAAAGAAUCUUGAUGCAGAACAGGAUUCCGAAAGAUGGUUACCAAGGCGGGAGCGGUCUUACUACAGGGGCAAAAGGAAGGACAAGAAAAAGGACAUUGGCAAAGGAACGCAAGGCAGUGCCACUCUACCAUCAGGAGACAUGGAUGCCAGUAAAGGAGGGUCUGGAAGUGAAGCAAGUUCCCCACGCCCAGGAUCUGCUCCGUCCCCUAUGGCCAGUGCAGCAGCAGCAGCCCUACCCCAGGGGCCACGCCAACAGAAACCUGCUCAGGCUCAGAAGAAAAAGAAGAAGAAAGGAAGCAAAUGGUGAUUUACCGAAGACCAUCCUUCCUCAUAAUAAAACUUUUGUCAGUUCAACCUUUUUAUCCUCUAGGUUUUGAAAUAUUUUGAUCCUUCAUUUUAGGUCUGCAACAAUUUGAAUUUGCACCAUCUGUAAAGUUCAAACAAUUUUCAAGUGUGGGAAAUACUUAUAUUUUUUUUAAGUAUUUGAAGUUAGAUGCCAAUGGUUUUCACAGUCAUUCACAUUCACUGGAGUGAAAAAAAAAUUUAUUGAAGCCAAAAUUUAGAUUUUGAUAAUAGUGCUGUUGAUAGGCACCGAAAAAAUUCUGAAAAUAAAGAUAUUAUCACUGUGUGGGUGGUAUUCCAUUUGGGAGUCUUUGCCAAAAUUAUCAAGUGUUCAUGCAGUGAAGACGACGUAUACAAACAGUUUUCAAUGAUCAAUGUUUCUUGUUAUUACUUUUGAAAAAGCUGUUUAAGAAUUUGUGAUAUGUACCACUGUAGAAGAUACAAGCAAUAAACAUGUCCAACUGUA